CGCCAGGUUCGGGCGGUAGCGAGAAAGUUAGUGGGACGGACACAAGGCACGGCGAUGAACGUGCUCCACAUACGAACUGCUAAGUCCUCAGUUAUUGUUCGGAAGGGCUUUGGGGCGGAUAGAUAUUUCAUGGGCGUUAUUCGCCCCCUACGCGCAAAGAUCCUCUUCCAGGUAGUAAUUCGCCUCCCGUUGCCGUGGUAACCUCAAAGAGCGUCUCAAGAUGGCCGCCGUGUUGCCGACAAUUCUAUACGAGUGUGAUGGGCAGGCUCCAGCCCCGAGUAAGGACUUCUAUCAUCUCCUUGUCACACGCACCGAGGUCAUUAUGAGAUACUGGAAAAUAUCUCUUAGAAGUGAAUUUCGUGAUGCUAGACCAGGGGAGGUUAAAGAGUCGCACCAGGACUUCGUGGAUGACCCAACGCUGCAAGCACAGAUUGCUAUCAUCUUCAGUCAGAAUACCCUGCAGUAUGUGCUGAACCUGUGUAAAGGGAAUUAUGAUUAUCUGGAGCGACUGUCAGAGCCUUUGCUUCUUUAUAUAAUGACUUUCCUGGAUCUUGAGGACAUUGCCCUUCUCUCCCAAGUCUCACACACCUUUCAGAAGCUGUGCAACUCGGACAGACUGUGGGAGCACAUUGUGGAGAGCUCCUGCGACAAAGUCACCGCAGAGAUGAGGGCUCUGGCGCAAGACAUUGGCUGGAAGCAGCUCUUUUACACCAACAAACUGCAGCUGCAGUUACAGCUCCGGAGGCGGAGGGAGAGAGAUGGCGAAGGAGAUGCAGUUACUUUGAGUUGCCAUUAUCCCCCCACUUCCCUGCCAAAGAAGCCUGCUGAGCACUAUGGGAAACUGGAAUCAACUGAGAUCAAUUAGCCCACUUACAGCCAUUCAGAAUCAACAAAUAAUAUUACUACCUGCUAUUUAUAUACAGCUGACAUAUACUAUAUAGACCAUUCAAGGGUUAUAGCAGGUCAGUUACCGAUACCAGUUAUUGCCAAGGUCAAUUAGAUACCAUUGGCCAAUGGGCACUAUGUUUGCCACUCUUUAUUACACAUGGAUUUGAGUUUCUCUGCACUUUUCCUACACAGUGCCAUACCUACUAUUGGAAAUUACAGCUUCUUAGUUAUUUCUUAGGUGCCAACUAUCCACCCCUCUCCCCCAAAUGGCCACUCAACCCAAAAUUAUUCUUUUUGCCCAAUGAAAGAAAUUGUCCUUCUAAGCAACUGUCCAAUGUACGUUAAUUAAAUGUUCAGUUAAAAUGUUGUGUAAAUGGAAUUGAAACCACUGUCUGCCUAUCUGUUCUCCACCAGUAUAUUUCUAAUCAGCUGGUUUGCUACAUUGUUUCAGGAGUCAGAGCAAAGAGUGCAGAGAAUAUAAACAGCAAUAUAGACACUGCUUUUAAUUCAAAUUACCUUUACAAAUAAAUGUAAAUGCACUGAACGUGUGUAAUGAAUAUACAUUGGAAAGUUGCAAAGACCUUAAUUUCAUUGAUUCUAAUAGUUUUGAGUGUAGGAGCCCUUUUAUCUGAAUCAGACAAUUAAAUUGGGGGAUAUUUUGCUUCCCAUGAUUUUUGAUAUAUAUUUUUAUACUGGAUGUUGGAGGCAUCUCCUGUUUCUCUGGACCCUAGAGAUAUGCACUUGUGUAUCUCAGAUGGUUCUGCUCUUAACCGGCUUUGUAGUAAAAAGUGUAUAAUAAAAUAUAACUCCUCCA